GGUUCUGUUUUUUUUUUCUUUUAUGGUAAAGCAGCACAGAUCCAUUCAAAGAAACUCCUCUGACGUUUUCUCACACAUACCCUCCCAAAUCUCAAAAAGCUCCUCUGUGAAAAGACUGUUACUAAUCUCUCUCCCCAAUCCAAAACAAAAACAAAAGGAAACAUGGCAGCAGCUCCUCCUGCCAUGAAGAUCGUGUUCGGUCUAUUGACAUUUGUCACUAUCGGAAUGAUCAUAGGUGCCUUGUUACAAUUGGCCUUUAUCAACAGAUUGGAAGAUUCGUACGGAACUGGAUUACCAUCCCUAAGAGGGCUUCGGGGACAGAGCUCCCGACAUCUCCGAGAUGUGUCGCGGUGGGCAAAAGACAAAGAUGCAGAAGCUUUGCGGCUUGGCUAUGUCAAGCCUGAAGUAGUUAGUUGGUCCCCUCGAAUUAUUGUGCUUCAUAACUUCCUCAGUUCAGAGGAAUGUGAAUACCUCAAAGCUAUCGCCAGGCCUCGCCUUCAGGUUUCCACUGUCGUUGAUGUUAAAACAGGAAAGGGAGUUAAAAGUGAUGUGAGGACAAGCUCUGGAAUGUUUCUAAAUCAUGUUGAAAGAAGUUAUCCAAUGAUACAGGCAAUUGAAAAGCGAAUCUCGGUCUUUUCUCAAGUACCAGCAGAGAAUGGAGAACUCAUUCAGGUCCUAAGAUAUGAGCCAAACCAGUUUUACCGACCGCAUCACGAUUACUUUUCUGACACUUUCAAUCUGAAACGCGGUGGUCAGCGCGUAGCAACUAUGCUAAUGUACUUAACAGAUGAUGUUGAAGGAGGAGAAACUUAUUUCCCUUUGGCUGGUGAUGGUGAAUGCACCUGUGGUGGCAAAAUCAUGAAAGGCAUUUCUGUGAAACCCACCAAAGGAGACGCAGUUCUCUUCUGGAGCAUGGGGCUUGAUGGACAGUCAGAUCCAAAGAGCAUACAUGGAGGAUGUGAAGUUCUAUCUGGCGAGAAAUGGUCAGCUACUAAAUGGAUGAGACAAAAAGCUACUUCCUGAGGGACUUGGAACACUUAUAAACUAAAGGGACCACAGUGACUUUAUAUUGAAAAUGUCAUAGAAUCUCAGAUUUUUGAUAUACCUCUUUUUGACCCUUGAAUUUUAUAAUCUAUCAUUUACAUACAUAUUGGA